UCGCGUUUGUACAGGCUCGCUUCUUCGUCAUGCUGCGAAUUUGUUCGAAAAUUAAGUGAAAUACAGCGCAUUAAAAGUGAAAAGUAUGUGCAGCCUGUGCAGGGCAAAACUGGCGAUCAGCCGCGUGUGAUUGUGGCCGCCGCAGCAGCGUUUUGGCAGCGCCCCAAGCAAAAGAAAAAGAUAGAAAAAAGAACGCCAGGCGCAGACAGACAAGACUUGCAUACACUACUACUCUUGAAUCGUUUUCAUUUCGUUCCGUUCGUAUACCGAGUUUGCUGCCCUGUCCCUGUCUUCUCACGCGAGUUCGUUUUUAGUAUAUAUAGCCAGUCUGUGGACGGUCGUCAAUGCGUGAAUAUUCUUCUAUGUCUAACAUAACCUCAAACUCGCCGCUGCAGUCGUCGUCAUCAUCAGCGUCAGCGUUGUUGUUGUUGUUGUUGGUGGUUACCGGUGCUCCAUCAGUAGCCGCCACAAAUCUGGGAAAAUCCGAUUCCGAUCCGGAAGAACUGGGAGCACAGCAGCAGCCGCCGAUGAGCAGCCAUGAAUGAGAAAAUAAAGUCGCCGCAAACGCAGCAGCAGCAGGGUGGCGCUCCUGCCCCCGCUGCCACGCCCCCAGCGGCUCCAGGUGGCGCCACACCGCCCACCUCGGGCCCGCCCACGCCCAAUAACAACAGCAACAACGGCAGUGAUCCCAGCAUCCAGCAGCAGCAGCAACAACAAAAUGUUGCCCCACAUCCAUACGGCGGACCACCGCCACCCGGAUCCGCACCUGGAGGACCACCAGGACCGGAUCCCGCUGCAGUCAUGCACUAUCACCAUCUGCACCAGCAGCAGCCUCCGCCACCGCCCCACAUGCAGCAGCAGCAGCAGCAACAGCAGCAGCAGCACCACGGCGGACCUGCACCACCGCCGCCCGGAGGAGCACCUGAGCAUGCGCCCGGCGUCAAGGAGGAGUACGCCCACCUGCCGCCGCCGCAUCCUCACCCGGCGUACGGUCGCUACCACGCCGAUCCCAACAUGGAUCCCUAUCGCUAUGGCCAGCCGCUGCCCGGUGGAAAGCCACAGCAGCAGCAGCAACAGCCACAUCCUCAACAGCAACCGCCGCAGCAGCCGGGGCCCGGUGGCUCGCCCAAUCGUCCGCCGCAGCAGCGUUACAUCCCGGGACAGCCGCCGCAGGGACCCACGCCCACGCUGAACUCGCUGCUGCAGUCCUCGAAUCCGCCGCCACCGCCGCAGCACCGCUAUGCCAACACCUACGAUCCCCAACAGGCGGCCGCUUCGGCGGCAGCGGCGGCGGCAGCAGCCCAGCAGCAAGGAGGCGGACCACCGCCCCCGGGACACGGACCGCCGCCUCCGCAGCACCAGCCAUCGCCGUACGGGGCGCAACAAGGCGGCUGGGCACCGCCACCGCGGCCCUACAGUCCGCAGCUGGGACCAUCGCAGCAGUACAGGACACCACCACCGACAAACACUUCCAGGGGUCAGUCACCCUAUCCGCCAGCUCACGGUCAAAAUUCAGGUUCCUAUCCUAGUUCGCCGCAGCAGCAGCAGCAACAACAACAACAACAGCAGCAGCAGCAACAGCAGGCGGGACAGCAGCCCGGCGGUCCUGUGCCGGGCGGACCACCGCCGGGUGCCGGACAGCAGCCGCCGCAGCAAAACACACCGCCAACAUCUCAAUAUUCGCCGUACCCGCAACGCUAUCCCACACCGCCGGGUCUGCCGGCGAGCGGACCCAACCAUCGAACUGCCUACUCGACGCACCAGUAUCCCGAACCGAAUCGACCUUGGCCAGGAGGGUCCUCGCCAAGCCCCGGUCCCGGACAUCCCUUGCCGCCCGCCUCCCCGCACCAUGUGCCACCGCUGCAGCAACAGCCGCCACCGCCGCCACACGUCACCGCCGGCGGACCGCCGCCGAGCAGCAGUCCUGGCCAUGCGCCCAGUCCAUCGCCUCAGCCCUCGCAGGCGUCGCCCUCGCCGCAUCAGGAGCUAAUUGGACAGAACAGCAACGACAGCUCCAGCGGCGGGGCGCACAGUGGCAUGGGCUCCGGUCCGCCUGGAACCCCCAAUCCCCAACAGGUGAUGCGACCCACACCCUCGCCCACCGGCUCCUCCGGUUCGCGUUCCAUGUCCCCGGCAGUCGCUCAAAACCAUCCAAUUUCGCGUCCCGCGAGCAACCAGUCGAGCAGCGGCGGACCUAUGCAACAGCCGCCUGUUGGAGCGGGUGGCCCACCGCCGAUGCCGCCGCAUCCGGGAAUGCCGGGAGGUCCGCCCCAGCAGCAGCAGCAGCAAUCUCAGCAGCAACAAGCAUCGAAUUCGGCCUCGUCGGCGAGCAAUUCGCCGCAGCAGACACCGCCACCGGCACCGCCGCCAAAUCAGGGUAUCAACAACAUGGCCACGCCCCCACCACCACCGCAGGGGGCGGCGGGAGGUGGAUACCCGAUGCCUCCACACAUGCACGGCGGCUACAAGAUGGGCGGACCGGGCCAGAGUCCUGGUGCCCAGGGAUAUCCGCCGCAGCAGCCACAGCAAUAUCCACCAGGCAACUACCCGCCGCGCCCGCAGUAUCCGCCUGGCGCCUAUGCCACCGGACCACCGCCGCCGCCCACAAGCCAAGCAGGAGCCGGUGGUGCCAACAGCAUGCCCUCGGGGGCCCAGGCAGGCGGCUAUCCGGGUCGAGCCAUGCCGAACCACACUGGCCAAUAUCCGCCGUAUCAGUGGGUUCCGCCUUCGCCGCAGCAAGCCGGACCGGGCGGAGCUCCCGGCGGUGCGAUGGUGGGCAAUCAUGUGCAGGGCAAGGGCACACCGCCACCACCGGUAGUGGGCGGACCACCUCCGCCUCAGGGUGGCAGUGGAUCGCCGCGACCCUUGAACUAUCUGAAGCAGCAUUUACAGCACAAGGGUGGCUACGGAGGAAGUCCGACACCGCCGCAGGGGCCACAGGGCUACGGCAAUGGGCCGACCGGAAUGCAUCCCGGCAUGCCGAUGGGGCCACCCCACCACAUGGGACCUCCGCACGGACCCACCAAUAUGGGUCCGCCCACUAGCACACCGCCGCAGUCGCAGAUGCUCCAGGGCGGCCAGCCGCAGGGGCAGCAGGGACAGGUCGUCGGCGGCGUGGGACCACCGGAAAGUGGUGGGCCCGAGCAUAUAUCGCAGGACAACGGGAUCAGCUCCUCGGGACCAACGGGUGCCGGUGGAAUGCAUGCGGUCACUGCUGUGGUCACCACCGGACCGGAUGGAACGCCCAUGGACGAAGUCAGUCAGCAGAGCACGCUCUCGAAUGCAUCAGCGGCAUCUGGCGAAGACCCACAAUGCACCACACCAAAGUCGCGCAAGAAUGAUCCCUAUAGCCAAAGUCACUUAGCCCCGCCGAGCACGUCGCCCCAUCCGGUUGUGAUGCACCCAGGCGGCGGUGGCCCCGGCGAGGAGUACGAAAUGAGUUCGCCACCCAAUUGGCCACGCCCGGCUGGUAGCCCGCAGGUGUUCAACCAUGUUCCGGUGCCGCAGGAACCAUUCCGCAGCACCAUCACCACGACCAAGAAGUCGGACUCGCUGUGCAAGCUGUACGAGAUGGACGAUAACCCGGACCGACGCGGCUGGCUGGACAAGCUGCGGGCGUUCAUGGAGGAGCGGCGCACUCCGAUCACCGCCUGCCCCACCAUCUCAAAACAGCCACUCGAUUUAUAUAGGUUAUAUAUUUAUGUAAAAGAACGUGGCGGAUUCGUCGAGGUGACCAAGAGCAAGACCUGGAAGGACAUUGCCGGACUUUUGGGCAUCGGGGCGAGUAGCAGUGCGGCAUACACGCUGCGAAAGCACUACACCAAGAACCUACUGACCUUCGAGUGCCACUUUGACCGCGGUGACAUCGAUCCCCUGCCGAUAAUCCAACAAGUGGAGGCGGGCAGCAAGAAGAAGACGGCCAAGGCGGCGUCGGUUCCUUCGCCAGGCUCCUCGAACUCUCAGGACUCGUUCCCGGCCCCGCCUGGCUCCGCUCCAAACGCGGCGAUCGACGGCUAUCCCGGCUAUCCGGGUGGCAGUCCAUAUCCGGGAGCCAGCGGGCCGCAGCCGGAUUAUGCGGCCGCUGGCCAAAUGCAGCGUCCGCCAUCCCAGAACAACCCGCAGACUCCUCAUCCCGGCGCCGCCGCCGCUGUUGCCGCCGGCGAUAAUAUAAGCGUGAGCAAUCCCUUCGAGGAUCCUGGUCCUGGCCCAGGUCCAGGUGCUGGUCCCGGUGCUGCUGGAGCUGGAGCUGUUGCUGCUGUGGGCGGUGGUCCGCAACCACAUCCACCGCCCCCACAUUCACCGCACACCGCAGCCCAACAGGCGGCCGGCCAACAGCAGCAGCAGCAGCAUCCUCAGCAUCAGCAUCCUGGGCUGCCGGGGCCACCGCCGCCACAGCAGCAACAGCAGCAGGGGCAGCAGCCACCACCGCCACCAGUGGGCGGUGGACCACCACCACCAGCACCACAGCAGCAUGGGCCAGGUGGCCAGGUGCCGCCGUCGCCUCAGCAGCAUGUGCGCCCAGCCGCCGGAGCACCUUAUCCGCCGGGUGGCUCCGGCUACCCAACGCCUGUGUCUAGAACGCCAGGCUCACCUUAUCCAUCACAGCCCGGGGCAUACGGGCAGUACGGCUCGAGCGAUCAGUACAACGCCACGGGGCCACCCGGCCAGCCAUUCGGACAGGGUCCAGGACAAUAUCCGCCGCAGAACCGAAACAUGUACCCUCCCUACGGACCGGAGGGGGAAGCUCCUCCAACCGGUGCCAAUCAGUACGGUCCCUACGGCAGCCGACCUUACAGCCAACCUCCGCCAGGUGGUCCUCAGCCGCCGGCGCAGACGGUUGCAGGUGGACCCCCGGCAGGCGGAGCUCCAGGAGCACCGCCCAGUAGCGCCUAUCCCACGGGCAGGCCCACUCAGCAGGACUACUAUCAACCACCACCAGAUCAAAGUCCACAGCCACGAAGGCAUCCCGAUUUCAUCAAAGACUCGCAGCCCUAUCCAGGCUACAAUGCUAGGCCUCAACUUUAUGGUGCUUGGCAAGGCGGUACACAGCAAUAUCGGCCACAAUACCCCAAUUCGCCUGCUCCGCAAAGCUGGGGAGGUGCUCCGCCACGCGGUGCGGCGCCUCCGCCAGGCGCACCACAUGGACCGCCCAUCCAGCAGCCGGCUGGAGUGGCCCAGUGGGAUCAGCACCGGUACCCGCCGCAGCAGGGUCCUCCGCCGCCACCCCAGCAGCAGCAGCAGCCGCAACAGCAACAGCAGCAGCCGCCGUAUCAGCAGGUGGCCGGUCCGCCGGGACAGCAGCCGCCUCAGGCGCCGCCACAGUGGGCACAGAUGAACGCCGGCGGACAAGCGGCGCAGCCAGGCGGCAUAGCGCCACCCGGCUCACCAUUGCGUCCGCCCUCCGGACCAGGUCAGCAACAAAGAAUGCCCGGAAUGCCGCCACAGCAGCAGCAAUCGCAACAACCGGGCGGUGUUCAACAGGCACCGCCGCAACAGGCCUCCCAUGGCGGCGUUCCAUCACCCGGAUUGCCGCAAGUGGGACCCGGAGGAAUGGUUAAGCCACCGUACGCCAUGGCACCGCCACCAUCGCAGGGCGUCGUGGGUCAGCAAGUGGGCCAGGUGCCUCCCAGCGGCAUGAUGCAGGCACAGAAGCAACCACCGAUGCCGGGCCAGGUGCAGAUGCAGCAACAGCCACUGCAGCAGCAGCCUCCACCGCAUCAUCCUCAUCAGCAUCCACAGCACCCGCAUCCGCACCAGAUGCCGCCCAAUCAGACUGCACCAGGCGGCGGUGGAUACGGACCGCCUGGAAUGCCCGGCGGCGGAGCCCAGCUGGUGAAGAAGGAGUUGAUCUUUCCGCACGACAGCGUGGAGUCCACCACACCGGUUUUGUACCGGAGAAAGCGGCUCACCAAGGCAGACGUGUGCCCGGUGGAUCCAUGGCGGAUAUUUAUGGCCAUGCGAUCGGGUCUGCUGACCGAAUGCACCUGGGCGCUAGAUGUUCUCAACGUACUAUUGUUCGACGACUCGACGGUGCAGUUCUUUGGCAUCUCGAACCUGCCCGGCCUGCUGACCCUGCUGCUUGAGCACUUUCAGAAGAAUCUCGCCGAGAUGUUUGACGAACGGGAGAACGAGAACGAGCAGGCGGAGGAGGCGGCGGCAGCGGAUGACGAUGCGGACAGCGGCACUGUGAUGUGUGAGAAGCUGCGACAGCGGCAGUCGCGGUGUGUGCGCAGCAUUAGCAGUUACAACCGCAAGCGGCACUACGAGAACAUGGAUCGCAGUGGAAAGGGCAGUCACGGCAAUCAAGGCAGUGACUCCGAGGACGCCGACGAGGGCAUCGAUUUGGGACAGGUGCGAGUGCAGCCCAAUCCCGAGGAGCGCUCGCUGCUGCUCUCCUUUACGCCCAACUACACGAUGGUCACGCGCAAGGGUGUGCCGGUGCGCAUCCAGGCCGCCGAUCACGACAUCUUCGUGGACGAGCGCCAGAAGGCCUGGGACAUAGACACCAACCGGCUGUACGAACAGCUGGAGCCCGUGGGCAGCGAUGCCUGGACGUAUGGGUUCACCGAACCGGAUCCCCUCGACGGCAUCAUCGACGUCUUCAAGUCUGAGAUUGUAAACAUUCCAUUUGCACGCUACGUCCGCUCUGAAAAGAGGGGAAAAACGCGGACGGAAGUGGCGGCGAGCACGGCCAGAAAGGCGGAAAUCAAGCAGGAGGAAGAGGCAUUCAACAAGAAGAGGCGACUGAUCAGCAGCAGCAGCAGUGGACCUCCAGCUGAGGGCAAGAAGUCCAAGCUCGAAGAGUUUGCCCAGCCAAGCGUCGAAGUGAAGAAGGAGCCUGGAACGACCGACAGCGAUUGUCGCCCCGUUGACAUGGACAUUGAGGCGCCCCAGCAGCGUUUGACUAAUGGCGUGGCGGCACCCUGCUCCUCCGACGUCUUUGAUCCGCGGACGACAGCCAAAGACGUGGCGCAUGUGCUGCAGCGGCGGCGUGACUCCAGCUUCGAGGACGAGUGCUACACACGCGACGAGGCGUCCCUGCAUUUGGUCAACGAGAGUCAAGACUCGUUGGCCCGUCGCUGCAUCGCCCUUUCCAACAUCUUCCGCAACCUGACGUUCGUGCCCGGCAACGAAACGGUGCUGGCCAAGUCCACCAGAUUCCUGGCGGUGCUGGGGCGUCUGCUGCUGCUCAACCACGAGCACCUGCGUCGCACGCCGAAGACAAGGAACUAUGAUCGCGAGGAGGACACGGACUUUAGCGACUCGUGCAGCUCGCUGCAGGGGGAGCGAGAAUGGUGGUGGGACUACCUGAUCACCAUUCGCGAGAAUAUGCUGGUGGCCAUGGCCAACAUAGCCGGUCACUUGGAGCUGUCGCGCUACGAUGAGCUGAUAGCGCGCCCCCUGAUUGAUGGCCUGCUGCACUGGGCCGUCUGUCCGAGUGCCCAUGGCCAGGAUCCCUUCCCCUCGUGCGGACCCAACACUGCGCUCUCUCCGCAGCGCCUGGCGCUCGAGGCGCUCUGCAAGCUGUGCGUAACGGAUGCCAAUGUGGACCUUGUCAUAGCCACUCCACCAUUCUCGCGACUCGAGAAGCUGUGCGCCGUGCUCACGCGACAUUUGUGCCGCAACGAGGAUCAGGUGCUGCGCGAGUUCUCCGUGAAUCUGCUGCACUACCUGGCCGCCGCCGACAGCGCAAUGGCUCGCACUGUCGCUCUUCAGUCGCCGUGCAUCUCCUAUCUGGUUGCGUUCAUCGAACAGGCCGAGCAAACGGCGCUGGGCGUGGCGAAUCAGCACGGCAUCAAUUACCUACGCGAGAACCCCGACUCGAUGGGCACCAGCCUGGAUAUGCUGCGGCGAGCAGCGGGAACCCUGCUCCAUCUGGCCAAGCAUCCGGAUAACCGAUCGCUGUUCAUGCAACAGGAACAGCGGCUGCUCGGUUUGGUAAUGUCGCACAUUCUGGAUCAGCAAGUGGCUUUGAUUAUUUCCCGGGUACUCUACCAAGUGUCGCGCGGCACAGGACCCAUACACUCGGUGGAGUUCCGCCUGCUACAGCAGCGGCAGCAGCAACAGCUGCGUCCGGGAGCGGCGGAGAAGCAAGUUGCGGCAGUGAAGCCGGCGGAAUCCGCAGCGGCACCUGAAGCGAGUUCCACUGAAACGAAGCCUGCGUCGGCAGUGGUAAACGAUGAGAACAGCAACAGCAGCCAGCAGCUGCCGCCCGCAGCGACAUUCAACGACGUGAGCAACAGCAGCACCAACAGCAACAGCUGCGGCACGGCCAGCAGCAACCAGACGAACAACAGCACCACCAACAGCAGCCACAGCAGCAGUGCGAUUAGCAGCCAAUCCACGUUCACGGUGCCGGGAGCAACAGGAGCAACAUCUGCAAUAACCAGCGAUCAGCAGGUGAGCAAGGUGGCUGCAGCGGCGGCCGCAGCUGCGGCUCUAAGCAAUGCCAGUGCAGCGGCAGCAGCAGCAGCUGCAGCGGCGGCGGCAGCAGCGGCUUCCGUUGGCCCGCCCCCGUCGUCGUCGUCGAAUGUGUCCGCUGGAGCGGCGGUGGCUCAGCCAGCGGCACCGCCGCCAACCAAUGCAGGAACAACGACAGCCGUUGCGUAGUAUACGACAAUGAUGCCAGCGUCCUACUACUGGCCACGAACCCCCCGAGGGGCAGUGGACUAAACUGAUCCCUGAGUCAAAGUGGAGAAGGCAUGUAAAUUUACUUAAACGGCGCCAAGCUCCAAGGAUACGUAAACGGGAACCUAGGAGGAGCAGAGGAGCAGCGGAAUGGGUCACCUAUCCAUCACUGUAACAGUCAAUACAAUAACAACUGUAUAUUUUUUCACUCAAAUCUAAAAAUAGUAAAUAUGAUAACACUAAACCCUAAGCAUUAAGCAAUUGCAGCAGCAAAAUUACGAUAAUACAAAACGAAAACUGUUUAGGACAGCAAAACUGAUACUAUCCGAUCGGGGAUUAUUAUUGAGACGAACAUACAUUAAUGAUGUGGAAAAUAACGGAGGGAAGAGCAAAAUUCAAGCACACAGCAUACUUAUUGUAUUAAAUUUAAUAAAAAAAACGAAGGGACGCGAAAGGAGGAUUAACUAACACAUACAUAUGCAUACGCACGCUAUGGUUUAUCGUAUAUUAAAUAUAUAUAUAAAUAAAUGCAUAAAUUAACAUUAACUUACAUGAGAAUGAAUUGUGUAUGUGAAAGGGAUGAAUGCAUACACACGUACAUAUAGACAUUGAUAUAUAAAUAUAUAGAGAAUAGUUUUUAAAUUCUACCACUUACUAAAAUACCUACAUAUAACCGCAAUGUGCAGCAUUGGAACUCAUAAACUGAACAAACUGAACAGCAAAAAGAGAGCAUACGGAAAAUAUUGAGACCCAACCAACAUACGACCUAUUGUAUUGCAGUUUAAUGGAUUUUAUGUGGACUAGGGCACCGCAGACCGAUAGGAGAGGAUUAAAUAACUUGUACAUACUUAACUAUUAUGUAAAUUUCACUGUAUUUUUCUGUUUUUUACGCAAUGUUACAAGGCACAUGUAAGUGGCAGCACUGCAUUUCGUAUUAUGUUUAUGUGUAUGUUGUGUGGAUGGUCUGCAAAAAUUCCAAUUUCUUAGUUUUAAUCGCAUAACUCGGAGGCGAAACUCGGAAACGAAAUUAAGCGAAACAAGCAUACAAAUGAAGGCAAACAAACAAUUUAAAUUAAAAUCAAAUUAGGUGAUAUAAAUAUAUAAAUAUACAUAACAUAUGCAUACAUACUGAACAUAUAAAAAGAGAUGAUGAAAAAUUGAAAAAACCGAACACCCUAAUGCUGUAAUUUUAUGUUAACUGUAUUAUUUGCUGGAAGUGCUGCUGCUUCAUUUUAUUUUAUACCGUACUUACUUAAGGCGUAAAUGACAAGAUAAAUAAUUAGGUUUUUAUCUUAAUAUUAAUUUAAAAUAUUAAAUAAAUAAAACCAAGAAAACAACAAAACACAACCGUAAAAUGCUAUAAAACACAAAGCGAAGCAAAUCGAACUAAAGCUGUAGAGAAGCACGCAAAUACGACUAAUAACACACACCCACACCCAAAAAGCUUGGCGUUAGGAAACCAAUAAACAAACAAAAACAAAACCAUAUAUGGGUGGGUGCACCAAUUUGUAUACUAAACUUUCUCACAUAUAAUUAACGUGCUACGUAAGAGAUAACGAAAAUGAACUGUCUGUCUCUCCAGAUUCUAACUCUAGUAAUCCUCCUGUAUUUCGGGGCGAUUGCCUAGAUCCAGGGGAACUACAAGACAUUGAGGGAUUAUAGAAAAGUGCUGCUGUUGAUACGUGUAUUCGUGUAGUUGUUUGCAAACAAAUAUUAUAACUCAGCAUCUCGAUAUAUAACGUGUAGUUAUUAGUCUAUAAUUUGCUAGGAUGUAAAUGUAUGUCCCUCAAACUUAAUUUAAUUAUUUAAUUAAUAUACAUACAUAUAUGAUAUACAAUA